GAAGGGAGCUAGGCUGUGGCUGUAUGCUCAGCAAUAGGAAAUGCUUUAUUAGCUGGGAGUGGUGGAGAAAAGCCAGGCAGGAAGAGGCAGUAAUAAGAAACAUUUUUUGACUUCUCCCACAUCCAGAGCUCAGAGAUCUUGCCAAACUGCUGCGUUUGGAAAACAGGGGGAGAGCCCCCGGGACUGGGGAGGGAACCUAGAUGCACACACCCCUCUCCCCGGCUGGGACAGGCGACCACGGCUGGAACUAACACCAGAGCCAAAGCUCUGCCCUGCCAGUAUCCCUUUGCGAAUCUAGGGAGGUUGGUGUGUGGGCUGGGGAGAACGGAGCCUGACCCAUGAAUCUGCUUCAGGCUGGAGCUUGCAGCGCAGUGGGGAGCUGCCUGGGGUGAGCUAGGAAACUGUCUGUCGAAGCCCGGGAUCCAGAUACUGCAACCAAAGGAGAAUCGCCUCUGGCCCUGGGAAAGGGUCCCCACAGCCCCGCUGGCAGCAGACGCAGAGCCGGAGACAGGACGCCCAGACUUGGGUCUGGCAGGGUUCCUUUCCGCCUCCAGAGGCUCUGCAGAACCCGCCCGCUCACAAGCAGCCUCUCCUCGGGGCCGGUGCUGUCAAUGAGAGGGGGAAAGCCAUAGAGAAAAUGCUGCAAGGAGCCAUCGGGAGCUUUCUCCUGGCUGUUCUGACUGUCCCAAGGAGCUUUCCAGCUGAGGAGCUGAUGUGCGCCUGUGACUCGCAGGAGUGUGAAAAUGCCACCUGCUUGGGGAAGAUGUGUUUUGUGAGCAAACACCUGGAGAACGGGAAGGCCACCCAGGGCAAGGGCUGCCUGAGUUCUCAUAUCCUGGAGCGCUGCCAGAUUGCAGCCAUGGCAGAAUACACCAUGAACUGCUGCAGCUCCAGCAUGUGCAAUGAGAACAUCAGUGUCUUCCUGAAAGGCCAGGAGCAGCCCAAAGAACCUGCCUCUCUGAGGAACCUUCUCCUGAUGGUCCUCGUCCCCGUGCUGGCCCUCCUCGUGCUCGCCACGCUCGUCACGCUCUCCUUCUGGAAGCUGGCUCAGCACCGCAGGAACCGGCUUCUCAUCAGACAUGAUGACUUGGGGGACACAGACAUCAUGCUGAAAGCCUCCAUGGUCGGAGACAGCACCUUAGAGGGCCUGCUGAGCGAGGACUGCACGACGGGCAGCGGCUCCGGGCUGCCCUUUCUUGUUCAAAGAACUGUAGCCCGGCAGAUCACGCUGGUGGAAUGCGUAGGGAAAGGGCGCUACGGGGAGGUGUGGCGUGGCGUCUGGCACGGGGAGAACGUGGCCGUGAAGAUCUUCUCCUCCCGGGACGAGCAGUCGUGGUUCCGUGAGACGGAGAUCUACAACACGGUGCUGCUCAGGCAUGACAAUAUCCUGGGCUUCAUCGCCUCUGACAUGACGUCCAGGAACUCUAGCACCCAGCUCUGGCUCAUCACUCACUACCACGAGAAUGGCUCACUCUAUGACUACCUGCAGAGGACAGUGCUGGACGCCCAGACCUGCCUGAGGCUGGCCUGCUCCAUCAUCUGCGGCCUGGUCCACCUGCACGUGGAGAUCUUCGGGACCCAGGGGAAACCAGCCAUUGCGCACCGGGACCUGAAGAGCAGGAACAUCCUGGUGAAGAACAACAUGCAGUGCUGCAUUGCAGACCUGGGGCUGGCGGUCAUGCAUUCCCAGGGCAGCGACUACCUGGACAUUGGAAACAACCCGCGGGUUGGCACCAAACGCUACAUGGCCCCCGAGGUCCUGGACGAACAAAUCCGCACCGACUGCUUCGAAUCCUAUAAGCAGACAGAUAUCUGGGCAUAUGGUCUGGUGCUCUGGGAAAUCACCCGGAGGACAGUUGUUAACGGGAUCGUGGAGGACUACAGGCCUCCUUUCUUUGACAUGGUCCCAAGCGACCCCAGCUUCGAGGAGAUGAAGAAGGUGGUUUGCACUGACCAGCAGACACCCAGUGUCCCUAAUCGGCUGUACUCUGACGCGAUUUUGUCCGCCUUGGCUAAGGUCAUGAAGGAAUGCUGGUACCAGAGCCCCUCUGCUCGGCUCACAGCCCUGAGGAUUAAAAAGACACUAAAGAAACUGAGCAGCUCCCUAGAAAAACCCAAACAAGAUUAUUAACUGCGGGGAGCAGGCCCGAGAGCGCUGGGAUUGGGUUUCUGAUUCACUUGCUCAGACUCCGAAGCAGCAGAGAAGCCGAAGAGGUUCAAGGACACUGAGUUUAUGCUGCGCGCAGGGAGGAGGCCUUUGCGCGACUGUGUAACAAACCGGUUUUUCUCUCGAAGUCCAGCCCCAUUGUGGAAGGAGGAUUUUAACUGGCCACUACUCCCCAGGGACCAUUCCAACUGCUGCAGAAAAGCCCCACUCAGCAGCUGCCAGUUGCCCCGGCAUGUUUUUCGCAGUCGCUCUGCAGUGUCCUCGGAGUUGUUUUUUUGGAGGGUUUUUUUUUAAAUAAAAAAAAAUUCUCCCAGCCCAUUUAUAAAAAUACCCGCUGGGUCCGUGAGCUGACGCCAGCCUGUCUCACAUGCCAGACAGGAACAAGAGCAGCAGCCCACGCCCCGCCCUGCUCACAAGAGUGGGGCGUUGACUCUGAACGCCACAUCAGGACCAUGUGAAAAGCAGGAGUCUCAGUUUAGCCUUUGGGAUCCUUUUGCACAUAGGUGAGUGUGCAUGCAUGCGUGUCUGUCUCCGGGCACGUGUAAAAUAACACAAUAUGCACCCUGGAAUCACCAGGAGCCAGGCAGCAGCUCAGUGACUGGAACUGGGCUGUGAUGAACGCUCUGUGCUCAAUCGGGGGUGCAGCCAAAGCCACUCUGGGAUGCACCAAUUUAGCAUCCUAUUGAACCAAAGCUGCUCUCUACCCCAGUGGAGAGUCCUCAGGGAACAGCCUGCCACCCUACCCUGGUGCUGCAGGUGUCAUUCCUCCCUUCUGCGGCGGAGUUCUGGCCUUCAUGCGCAUCGGCCCUUUACGUGUCCUCAUUCAGAGCCAGGUGAAGCUCCGUGUGGGAGGUGGGCCUCGGGGGUUUUCGGAUUUACUUCCAUUUGUUUACACCAGGCAGGAAUUUGGUGCAAGCAGCCAUUCGGGGUCUAGGGCCAACUUGACAUUUCCUGGGUUGUCCUGAUCUGCCCUCUCCCACCCCCAGGGGCAGGCGCAGAAGGGCAAGAAACACCCCCUCUUUCAGUGGGUCCCCCUCAUUUCCCCAGCGCGUCCAGCUACUCCAUCCCUCCCAGCUGGCAAGCUGCCCUGACCAGCUUAAUCUCACUGCUACCCGUGACUGGAGAGGUGAGUUCCUGCCCCCUCCUUCAUCGCUGACACAGCCCAGCAUGAAGGAAUCUGGGAUCUGCUCCGACCUGAGCUUCCACAGUGAAUUUGGCGCCAGCAGGGCUCCCCGCCCACAGCUCCCCCAUGACAGCAGCCAGGAAUUCCCCGACGGGUGCAACGUGCAGCGUGGUUCUUGUAUCCUGCAAAGGACUGUACUGGGUUAAGUCCAGGUUAGCGUCCCCGCCACCUCGCUGCUGCAGAUCCCAGACGUUGGGCAAGCUCAUAGAUUCUCCCUGCCACAUCUUCCUCCCGUAGGUACUUGGAUGCAUUUGCUUCAGUGGGAAGGGGAGUCAUGUCAUCAUAUUCCAAGCAGACCUGCUAAAGAUGGGUCUGAGCCGCUGUGUCCAGCCCCAGCCUUGUCUCCUGUGGAGGCCUGUCCACCUGUGCACACUGGCCGUGCAAAGUGGCCGUUCUGACGGGGCGUCUUUUCCACACAUUUGGCACAAGCGGAAAUGAAAACACAAGGUGCAAGGCGGGGCAGAAUAAGACCCCAGGUCUCCCUAAAGGCAGCCAAGACUUCCCAGCCACUGGAGGGGCCCACCUGACACUCCCUUGUCUGUUAUAGACAGAGGGAGACUCCAGGUCUGUAAGGGACACAAUGUAAGCCACCUUGUAGAGCCGCAUCUGAACUCCCCCAGACUUUGGGGGGCUGUUUCGAAGCAACAUUUUGACCGGGGUCCCUCUCUGGUUUAUCCACAUCCUGAACUGUCUCGAGGGGGGACACUCAACCCCCUAAUGCUGCCCACAGCUGCCCUGCUGCUGUCACACGAGUGCAAGGACAGCGCUGAACAGCUGCGGGGUUUUAUUGCUGGUGGUUUCAGCUGCCUUGUUAUCAAGGAAGAUACAAGCAUGAGGAAAAUAUUGUGGCUCUCUGUGUUUGUUUUUGAUUAACAGAGCUCAGCCCGGAGCUAUUCUAAGCACCCUUAGCUCCCCUGGACUUCGCCUGGAGCUGAGGGCGCUCAGUGACUCGCGGGGGCAGGUCCCUUGUUGAACAGAUAUUGGCAAAUUAAAGGCCUGAGCGUGCUCCAACUGCAGUCCAUGGGCAGUUUUACAACCGCUUUCAAUGGGGCGCAGCGGGACUGAGCCCCAGCUGUAGCCCUCAGCCCCCUGGCAGGUUGUAAGUGCAGCCAGAAACCUUUCUCCCCCUCUUUGGGCAUCUCACACAGCUCAGUUGGUCCUGCAGCUGGGACAUAAACGGCCCUAUCAGCACAGUACUGUGACCAACCCUUAUUGAAAUCAGUGGCUCGUAGGCAUAUAUUAAUUAAAUACAUGUCUGUCUUUGUAUGCCCAAAGUAGCUCCGAUUGAAGUACAACAAUAUAAUGGAUUUCAUGUGUUAAUGAGCCCCGGAGGAGCUUUUCUCUCCGUCUCAGGAGUAUAAGGAUAAGAGAAAGGCACAUUUGCUGACUCUCCUAAACCCCAGGGGAAUGGGAGGACUCACAAGCUUAAAGACAAGCACGUGCUUUAAGUGCCUUGUUGAACGGGGGCCUGAAAUACCUUCCUCUUGUCACCUCUCUUGUGAUGCUCACCUGGUAGCCAUCACUAUAAUUAAGGCUGAAAAAUAGUCCCCAUUAUACCCUGCCACAUUCUUCUCCCUCCUUCCUUCCCUCCCGCAGAUGCAGCAGCAUAGAGAUCUUUCAGCUGAAGGAGCCAAGUCCCUAAAGUUCUGACCCGGAUCCAAAAAAUUCUCCAAAGCUUGGGGAUCAGUUUGGUCUCACCUGUAACAUCAGUUUAAACGGUGCCCGGAAAAACAGCUUUGGGCCCUAUUCUAUAGUUAUUUAUAUGUUAAAAUGUAAUAUACUGUAUAAAAUGUAAAGCGAUUUUAUCUCCUAAGCGCUGCAAAAUCUCUGCCUUUAGCUCAAGGUGAGAUGUCAGGAGACAGGGAAAGCCCUGCUGUCCAGAGCUCAUGCAUGGUCUUUAUUUAUGCUCAACUCCUGUGAAUAACGUCAUAUAUCUCAUUCGCAUCCAAACCCUACAAUAAACCUUGCUUCCAACCCA